UCUUCUCUUUAGCUUACUAUUUUUUUGCCCCUUUUAGUAACCGAACGAAGCGGAGAGAAGAGCCCUAAUCUCUACAAUUCUUCCGGUUGCGCUUUCUCUCUCUCUACACUGCGGCCAAUUACGAAGAUCAAAAAGAUCAGGUCAAUGGACUGUAAUGAGCCUGAUAUAUUGAGUGGCCCGCAAAAAGAAAAUGAAGAGAAGUGUCGGAGUCCAAGAGGUUCAGCUUCUGAAAUGAGUCAGGUGGUUAUUGAUGGUGCUUAUGAUCCAAGUGAAGGUAAAAUCUUGAACAAUGUUGAAGAGAGUGGAGUGGUUAGUAGUACUGAACAUAAGGGCCAGAGCCCAAAUGCUUCCUCUGUUGACAUUGAUGAUGAGGAAUGCCAGACCCCAAAAUUAUCCUCUGUUAAUAAGUGUGAAAUGGAUGUUGAUUAUAGUCGUUUUGAGUCUUCCUCAGUGGACGUAUCAGAAUCUGGCAGUGGUGUUAAGGAUGAGGAAGACUUAUAUUUGGUUCCAGAUGUUGGGAUUGAGUUUGAAUCAGAAGAUCAUGCUUACAAGUGUUAUAGUAGAUAUGCGGUUUUAGAAGGUUUCAGUAUCAGAAAAGAUUUUGUAAACAAAAGUAGGAUAAAUGGUGCAGUGGUUUCCAGAAGAUACACUUGUUAUAGGCAAGGCUAUCGGCCUGCCAAGCCGAAUACUAAUGCCAGGAAGCCACGGCAGGAGACUAGAACUGGCUGCUUGGCACAUAUGACCAUAGCACGCCAACCCAAUGACAAGUUCCGUGUUACUCAUUUUGAAACAAAGCACAAUCAUGAGUUUGUUACCUCUUCAACAACUCACAUGUUACCAUCACAGAAGAGGUUGACUUUUGCUCAAGCAGUUGAAGAUGAGUUAGCUAAUCAUUGUGCGAUCGAUGGUGUACCAAAGCUUGGAAUGGGGUUUGACUCAGAAGAUCAAGCAUAUGAGUUUUACAAUGCAUAUGCUGGACGAGUAGGAUUCAGUGUUAGGAAAGAUUAUGUAAAUAGGAGUAAGAUAGAUGGUGCUGUGGCAUCUAGAAGGUUUAUUUGCUUCAGAGAAGGUUUUCGGCAGAGAGACAAGCGUGAUAUGAACGUGAAGAGGCCUAGAAAGGAAACUAGAAUCGGAUGUUUGGCACAAUUAGUCAUUUCAAGACAGUCUGAUGGUAAAUAUCGUGUUACUCACUUUGAGGAAAAGCACAAUCAUGAGCUAGUUGCUCCUUGCAGAAUUCACAUGUUACGAUCACAAAAGAGAUUGGUUGUGACACAAGUUGAAGGUAGUUUAGUAGAUAGUUCUAAUGGUCAGCCACUAUCAGCUCCGGAGCUACUGUGUAAGACAGUUGGAGAUUGCAACGAUCUCUAUUAUAAUCCUAUAGAUUACAAGAGUAAACUACCAUUCAAAUGUACAAGAGAAAUAAGAGAGGGAGAAGGUGGUAAAAUGCAGCAAUAUUUUCUUGACAAGCAUUCUAAGAACCCUUCCUUUUUCUAUGCUAUGCAACCAGAUGCUGAUGGUCAAAUAACAAAUGUCUUUUGGGCUGAUGCAAAGAUGUUGAUGGACUAUGGUGAUUUUGGUGAUGUCGUUUGCUUCGAUACAAGUUACAAACUACAUAAAGACUGCAGACCUUUUGCACUUUUUAUUGGGAUAAAUCAUCAUAAACAAAUAGUGAUAUUUGGUGCUGCACUUUUGUAUGACGAAACACUUGAAUCUUACAAUUGGCUUUUUAGAACUUUCAUAGAGGCAAUGUCCAGUAAGAAACCAAAGACUAUUCUCACUGAUCAGGAUGUGGUAAUGGCUGAGGCAAUCAAUACAGUGUUGCGAGGAACACAUCAUCGAACUUGCCUGUGGCAUCUCUACCAAAAUGCAGCCAAACAACUUGGUUACAUGAUUGCAGGGUCAAGUUCUUUUAUUAAUGAUUUAAGCCAUUGCUUUUUUGAUCUGGAAGAGGAAGAAGAUUUCAGUAAUGCAUGGAAGGCUAUGUUAGAUCUGUACGGUCUAUGGGAAAAUGAUUGGUUACACGAGAUAUAUGAAAACAGAGAAAAAUGGGCCAUGCCAUAUAGAAGGCAUAUUUUCUGUGCUGACAUAGAAAGUGCAUUACGAUUUGAAGCUUUUACUACAAACUUGAGAAAGUACUUGAAUCCUGAUUCGGAUGUCAUUCCCUUGUUAAAGCAUCUAGCUAAGGUAGUGAAUAGUUUCCACUACAAAGAAUUGAAAGCCAACUAUGAUAUGAACCAACACCCUCCAAAAUUAAUGGGAGAUGUGAUUUUUUUGAAGCAUGCAAGAGAUUUCUACACUCCACCGGUAUUUGAAUUGUUCCAGCAUGAAUACGAAACUUGUCUAAAUAUUAUUGUGAACCAAUGCACACACAGUGGAGCGCUAUUCCAAUACAAAGUCAGUCUAUAUGGGCAACAGAGGGAGUACACAGUUACUUUUAAUUCAGCUGAUGAGACGAUUGCCUGCAAUUGUAUGAAAUUUGAGUUUGUUGGAGUUUUGUGCAGCCAUGCAUUGAAAGUGCUUGACUAUAGGAACAUAAAGCUUCUUCCAACCAAGUACCUCUUGAAGAGAUGGACAAAAGAUGCAAGAGUCUGAAACUGAGUUUGCUACUUAUGGCAUGGGAUGUUACAGUAACGUAGAAAUUAAAUAUUGUUGCUGGAUUUGGAGAAGCUGUGUCCUAACAACAUGUGAAGAAAAUAAUAGGACCAAGCAAACACUGUACAUAAAUUUUCUCAAUACCCAGUAUUUCGUAAUUUUAUACAAAGAAUGUUCCUUUUCUCUUCUCAA